AAUGAAACAAUUAAGAGCCAAUUUACAAAAGUUCAUUUUGGAUCCAGUUAUAUAUAGACCAUUAUUAUUUAUCUUCUUUUUUAUGGCUACUCCUUCACCUGCAACUUCAAUGUUCUAUUUUUACAUUAAUCAACUUAAAUUAAAUGAUGAAUUUUUUAUAACUUUAAGAUAUACUUAUAGUUUUUGUACCAUUAUGGCAGUUACAGUUUAUUAUUUAUUUAGAAGAUAUCCAUUUGGGCAAUUCUUAUCUGUAUCAAAUAUGCUUUAUUUCUUUGCAUCAUUUUUAUCAUUACUUUUAGUUACUAGAAUAAAUAUUGAUUACAAUAUCCCAGAUUAUUAAUUUUGUAUGUGGGAUAAUAUUUUAAUGUAAACCCUAUAAGAAAUAAAUACUUUACCAGUACUUGUUUUGGGAGCUAAGAUGUGUCCUAAGAAUUUGGAAGGUAUAUAAAUUAUUAUCUAUGUUUUUAAGGAACUGUAUAUAGUUUAUUAACAGGAACUAUGAAUUUAGGAAAUACAAUUUCAAAAUAAAUAGGAAUAGUCCUCACUUUCUAUUUAGGUAUUACAAAUUAGAAUUUUACUCAUUUAUGGCUUCUAAUUCUAAUUUGUACUGUAGGAUCCUUAUUACCAAUGCCAUUUAUUGGGACUGUAAAUGAAGAGGAAGUAGAUCAAAAGAAAAAAAGUCUUGCAAAGGAUGAAAUUCAUAUAAAAGUAGAAUGA